CGAGAUUUUCUCAUUUUGACAUACAGAGUGAUAUAUUUUCAACAGUAUUUCCUGCCUUAUCUAUUGACUUCUAAUCUUAAUUUUAACCUACCUUGGCAGAGAGUCCAUAAUAAAUGUGAAUUAAUAAUGUAUUUGGCAACAUAUUGUUACUUGCCUUAUAGACGAUCACUAAUAUUUGUUAGCCAGUUGUUAACUUUGCUUUAUUACCAUACAUCUGAAUUGCAGAUUGUAUCACAUGCAGGCACUUUUGGUCCUUGUGGAGCAACAGGAGAAAGAAUUUUCCUCUUUGACCUUCUGUGUUCAAAUCAAGAUUUAUUUUGCAUAGAAAUCAACUUUGUUUUGGGAGGACGAAUGGUGGUGGUCCUUAAAAAUUCUUUGUUGUGACAUUGUUUACCCUGUAAAUGACUAAUUCAUACCCUAUUAGUCACAAUUCGGAGGUUGUUAUAUCUGCAUAUCUUGGUGCUCGGCCAAUCCUUUCAAUGAUGAUUUAAUAUAAGAAAUUGAGGGAGAUUCCUAGACUGCAUUAUGUGAGAAGGCUUUGGCAUGAUGUUUCUGUAAAUUUUCCAAUAAUAUUCUGCUGAAAUGAUUUCUCUCAUGGUUGAUCCUGUUAACAACUUCAGAUUCUAGAACCUGAUUUAUCACAUACUGAGGGCUAUGGAACAUAGGCACUUAACCAAUACAAUCCAAUUGUUUGAGAUAGAACAUUAUCAAAACCCAACCAAUGUUGCUGCUGAACGGUCUGAUGUUCCUAUAGGAGGUGCUGUUGUUCCAGCAAAUGGUUCUUUUGUAUAUUCUAGGGAAACUGUUCCGAGAAGUAUAUUUUGUGAUGCCACACAGCAGGACUCAGAACACAGGCCAGUUGAGCAUUCUUCUCAAAAUCACAGAGUGGGGGGUUCACAUGCUCAUGCUUUACAUUCAGGCCGAUCUUAUGACUCCUACUCACACUUUUCUGGUGCUGGAAGCAUGCAAGCAACCCCAGAGAAUGAUGCCAGUCAUAGUCAUUCUAAUCACUACAAUGGGCCUAUUGUUCAUGAAGUUGAGGGUGGUUUACUUAAUUCUGUAGUAAAUAGUGGAAGAGGGCCAGUUAAAAGAAAAGGCUCUGCCUUCGAGAGUGGCAGCACUAGCAGAUGUUAUGAUGCAGGAAGUUCCUCCAACUCACUUGAAUUUCAUAGGGAGAAACAAGUGUCAGAUUGUGAUAGUUACCCUUCAGGUUUCUUUGGAUUGCCUCACCAUAGGGGAGGUAAUCUCUCAAUUGGCGGUGAAGCACCCAUAAGAAAUGUACGAAGAAGAUGUAGAAUUGAUUUGGAACCCAACCCAACAGGAACAUAUCUAUCAAAUUAUUCUUCUCAUUUUAAUUCUGCAACAACUCAUCAGUCAAGUGAUUCUGGGAGAAUGGAUGUGACUUAUUUCAAUGGUGUUGCAAAUGUUUACAAUCAAAAUUAUGUUGGUAUUUCUCCUCCUGCACAAGGAAGUUUGACGUCACCAGGAAAUGUUGGCUUAAGAAAUGAGAUGAACCAGUACUUUGCUGGAGGAAGUACCGUACAGAUUGGUGGCUUCAACAAUUAUCCCAUUUCAGGGAGAGUUCCUGUUUCAUCAGUACAAUAUGGUCACAAUGUUCAUGCUCAGGUCAUGAGGGAGGGCCACAGUAAUUAUUCACAAGCAGCAGCUCCUUCAGACACCACUAGGACAAGUUCCUCCCAUGUCAGACAAGAAACAGCCCACAUGGAAAAUCAUCAGCAGUUUCCAUCAGAAGCUUAUUCUUCCAGAUUUUCUAGGCCAUUAUCUGCCAGAGGUUGGCGCAACCAUCGUAGUGAUGCAAGGACAAGAUUGGAGAGGUUCCAAUCAUUUUCAACUGUGAAUAGACGUCAUAGAAUGCGAUCUGAGGCUCUUUUGAUGGGGGAUGGCUCAAAUAUGUAUGGUUCCAGAAAUUUGUUUGAUCAAUAUAGAGACAUGAGGCUAGACAUUGACAACAUGAGUUAUGAGGAACUGCUUGCCCUUGGAGAAAGAAUUGGGAAUGUCAGCACAGGGUUGUCUGAAAAUGUAAUGUCUGAAUGCUUGAAGGUGUCAUCGGACUCUUCAGACAAAAAGGAGGAAGAUGCCACGUGUUCCAUCUGCCUUGUAAGUAAAACUUAUCCCUGCUUCCUUUAUUGGAAAGGGAUUGAUUGGAAUUGUUGAUUCACAUCCAAAAUAUUUCAUGAAAUCAUAACAGUAUUGCAAUGUGAAUUUGUGAUGAAACACAUAUUACCAGAUCCAUUGUUAUGACCUGUGAUUUUGAACCAUCUGAUUUGAGCAUCCAUUCCCGUUCUUCACUCUUACAUGGUUAAAUUAUCUCAUAGAAUCCAGCCUUUGACAGUUAUUACAACACAGAUGAGAUGCUUGCUUACUACUACAUUCUCUCCUUGCUACCCUGAGGUUAGUAAUAACAUUCUAAGAGUUUUGCUUGUUGAUCAUUGCAAUUGACAGGAAGAGUACAAGAAUGAUGAAGAAAAUGGGACGUUGAAGUGCGGCCACAAUUAUCAUGUAGUCUGUAUUAAAAGAUGGUUGUCUAUGAAGAAUGCCUGCCCAAUUUGCAAGGCACCUGCUAUUGCUGAUAUUUCAAAGGAAGAAUGAUUUAAUUCUCAGUUUCUCACUUUUCUUUCUUUUGUUAUCUCCAUCACCCCAGUGCUGUACAUAUGGAUUCAUUUGAGUUGUGGUUUAUUAAUAUCAAAAAAAGAGAAGUGUACUCUAUGACUUGUUUGUAGAAACUCAACUUCAUAAUCAAAGCCCAUUUCAUUUCUUUUCAUUUUUGCAAGUCCAAGUGAUUGUUGAAACUCCACGUAACUCUCAUGGGGUAUAAUGCAAAUUCAAUCCCGGCUGAUGCAUAUCCUCCAAUCGGCCAUCCAGCACCAGAAAAUAUGAAGGCAUAAAAACUUAGACCUUGC